CGCACGUUUUCGGUAUAAUCGGAGGUCGUGAAUGUUUAUAACCGAUCUCGUCUACGAAUCGGUCGUGGUUGGACGUUAAAGAUUCUGUGUACAAGAGAAUCGCGGUAUCUGUGACACGUACGUGAACAACUAACGAGGCGACCGUGAACGUUUUCGCCUUUUUUCGUAGGGUGCGUGAACAAAGCAUCGUGAACAUAUUUGAAAUAAUUUUGCCCGUUCAAGGAAGUGUUCCGGCAUUCUUAAACCGGUACGUUACCGCCUCGGAAACGAUUUCGAUCGGCAACGUGAAGUGCACCGAAAGUGUUGGAACGAGCACAGGCGGCGAGAACGUGGAGCCAUGAAUAAUUCACUCGGCUAAGAGGUUGAAUUUCUCCGACUUUGAGGCAGCGAAGGGAAGAGAGGCGUGAGAGAAAGCGAGACAGAGAGAUUGGGAAACAACAGCGCGAAGAUGGGCGAGAUCCUCGGCUCGGCGAGCUUCCUUCACCUGGGCGACAUCGUCAGCCUGUACGCCGAAGGCAGCGUCUCCGGUUUUCUUUCCACCCUCGGAUUGGUAGACGACAGAUGCGUGGUAUGUCCCGAGGCUGGAGAUCUAUCCAAUCCGCCGAAGAAGUUCAGAGAUUGCCUCUUCAAAAUAUGUCCCAUGAACCGGUACUCUGCGCAAAAGCAAUUUUGGAAGGCAGCGAAACAAAGCGCAGGUGGUACCGAUGCCGUGCUUUUAAAAAGGCUGCACCAUGCCGCGGAAAUAGAGAAGAAGCAGAACGAGACCGAGAACAAGAAAUUGCUGGGCAGCGUGGUAUCCUAUGGUAACGUUGUCCAGCUAUUACACCUGAAAUCCAACAAAUUUCUGACCGUGAACAAGAGACUUCCUGCACUCCUCGAGAAGAACGCGAUGAGGGUAUACUUGGACGCGAAUGGGAACGAGGGUUCUUGGCUUUACAUAAUGCCGUUCUAUAAACUUCGUAGCGACGGUGACAGCGUCGUGGUCGGUGAUAAGGUGAUUCUAGAACCGGUGAAUGCCGGUAGACAAGGUCUGCACGUAGCCGCAAAUUAUGAGUUGAGUGAUAACCCCGGCUGCAAGGAAGUAAAUGUCGUGAAUUCGGCUACAUCCUGGAAAGUGACGCUAUUUAUGGAACAUAGAGAGAACCAGGAGGAGAUCCUAAAGGGUGGAGACGUUGUUCGACUGUUCCACGCUGAGCAAGAGAAGUUUCUCACGAUGGACGAGUAUAAGAAGAAGCAACACGUGUUUCUCAGGACCACUGGUAGGACUAGUGCCACUGCUGCUACGAGUAGUAAAGCUUUGUGGGAGGUUGAGGUGGUUCAACAUGAUCCUUGUAGAGGAGGAGCGGGCCACUGGAACUCUCUGUUCAGAUUCAAACAUUUGGCAACAGGACAAUAUUUAGCUGCUGAAAUUGACGCCGAUGAACCACGUGAGACCACAAAAGGCAAGCGUGAUCCACCAGGACCAGUGUAUAGAUUAGUGUCAGUACCACACAGUAAUGAAAUAAGUUCCUUAUUCGAAUUGGAUCCAACUACGUUAACGAGAGGCGACAGUUUGGUUCCGCAGUCAUCCUUCGUCAGGUUACAUCAUAUAUGUACAAAUACUUGGGUUCAUUCGACCAGCGUACCAAUCGACAAGGAUGACGAAAAACCUGUUAUGUCAAAGGUGGGCUGUGCUAUUAAUAAAGAAGAUAAAGAGGCAUUUGCUCUAAGAUCGGUAUCGCCAGUUGAGGUGCGAGAUCUCGAUUUUGCGAAUGACGCUUGCAAAGUAUUAGCGUCGAUUAGUAGUAAACUGGAAAAGGGUACGAUCUCGCAUAAUGAGAGACGGGCCGUAACCAGUUUAUUGCAGGAUAUAGUAUAUUUUAUAGCUGGCUUAGAGAACGAACAAAAUAAAUCCGAAGCUUUAGAUUUAAUCGUAACUAAUGCUGUCAGAGACCGACAAAAGUUAUUACGAGAACAAUACAUACUUGGUCAAUUAUUUAAGAUACUUCAGGCUCCGUUCUUAGAGUCUGCAGAAGGUGAGGGACCAUUUCUUAGAAUAGAAGAAUUGAACGAUCCACGACAUGCGCCGUAUAAAUAUAUGUUUCGUUUAUGUUAUCGAAUACUCAGACUAUCUCAACAAGACUAUCGGAAAAACCAGGAACAUAUUGCGAAACAUUUUGCUUUUAUGCAAAAACAAAUUGGAUAUGAUAUUCUGGCGGAGGACACUAUUACCGCAUUAUUACACAAUAAUAGAAAAUUAUUAGAAAAGCAUAUUACGGCAGCAGAGAUUGAAACUUUUGUAGGACUUGUGAGAAAAAAUAUGCACAAUUGGGAAUCUAGAUUCUUGGAUUACUUGUCAGACUUGUGUAUUUCUAAUAGAAAAGCGAUUGCCGUAACACAAGAAUUAAUAUGCAAAAGCGUAUUAAGUGAAAAAAACAAAGAUAUAUUAAUAGAAACUAGAAUGACGAAAACUCAGGUUGAGGUCGAAGAGUUGGAUGAGAAACAAGAGAAUGAGGAACCGCGAAUCACUGUAAUGGAAGAGUACGAAAUUUUUCUCGUAUGGAAUAAUGGAGCAAAAUCAAUGUCCUUAAAUGAAUUAUCGAGGGGAGCUAAGAUAGGUAAUGUUCAAGACGCGGCAAUAUUGGACUAUUAUAGGCAUCAAUUAAAUCUUUUUAGCAAUAUGUGUCUAAAUAGACAAUAUUUAGCGCUGAAUAACUUAUCGCCACACUUGGACAUUGGUCUUAUACUUAAGUGUAUGGAGGAUGAAACAGUACCAUAUGAACUGCGCGCAUCAUUUUGUCGACUUAUGUUGCACCUUCACGUUGAUAGAGAUCCACAAGAACAAGUUACACCAGUUAAAUAUGCUCGACUUUGGUCUGAGAUUCCUUCAAAAAUGAGCAUUAAUGAUUAUGAUGCAAACAGGAUGCGGGAUCAAAAUAAGGAAGCUGUGCGUGCUAAGUUUAGCGCAACUAUAAUGUUUGUUGAAGAUUAUUUGUGUAAUGUGGUAGCAAAAAUGUGGUCUUUUGCAGAUCAAGAGCAGAAUAAACUUACAUUUGAGGUUGUCAAAUUGGCACGUGAUUUAAUUUAUUUCGGAUUCUAUAGUUUUAGUGAUCUUUUAAGAUUAACAAAAACGUUACUGAGUAUUUUGGAUUGUAUAUCAGAAAAUGAUUUAGCUGAUGGAAAAAUUCCGACUGGCGAAAUUGAUUCUGAUUCUGUGGAUUCUAAGGAUCUAGCGGAAGGUGGAGUAUUGAGAUGCAUCGGAGACAUGGGUGCAGUAAUGACGAGUUUAACAUUGGGUCCAGCUGGACAAGUAUUAGCUGGAAGUUCUUCUCCAAGACCAAAACCACUUUUAAAAAAAGAAUAUCCUCUAGUGAUGGACACUAAGCUAAAAAUAAUCGAAAUUUUACAAUUUAUACUCGAUGUUCGACUGGACUACAGAAUUUCUUGUUUAUUGAGCAUCUUCAAGCAAGAGUUUGACGAAACUGAAAGAGCUUCUGGAGAUUUAAGCCUCGGCCAGAAAACCAUCGAUUUAGAGUUAAUAGGUACACAGGCAGAGGGUAUAUUUGGUAGCAGUGAGGAGUGUGUGGCAUUGGACUUAGAUGGACAGGGUGGUAGAACAUUUCUACGUGUUUUACUGCAUUUAGCAAUGCAUGAUUAUCCCCCACUAGUUUCUGGAGCAUUACACUUACUUUUUAGACAUUUUAGUCAAAGACAAGAAGUUUUACAAGCAUUUAAACAAGUGCAACUUUUGGUUUCCGAUAGUGACGUUGAAUCUUAUAAACAAAUAAAAUCCGACUUGGAUGUUUUACGACAAUCAGUUGAAAAAUCGGAACUUUGGGUUUACAAAUCCAAAGCAUCGGAAGAACAUGGUGGAAAAAAGAAGAAAAGUAAAGAAGAUGAAGAUGACGGAGCUACUCCUCGUAAAGCACCGCCUCAAUUGUCUACAACGGAUAAGAAAGGAUCUGCAAUAGAUUUAGAUAUUGGACCGCCAUUACACGCAGAUCAGGCGGAAGAGUAUAAAAAAAUACAACAAAUUCUAAUUCGAAUGAACAAGUUAUGUAUUCAAACGAUAGGUGGUCAAAUAAAACCACGAAAACAUGAACAAAGACUUCUACGUAACGUUGGAGUGCACACUGUCGUAUUAGAUUUAUUACAAGUUCCAUUUGAUGCGAAAGAAGAUGUUAGAAUGAACGAGUUGAUGCGAUUAGCGCACGAUUUUCUGCAAAACUUCUGCUUAGGAAAUCAACAAAAUCAAGUUCUGUUGCAUAAGCAGUUGGACUUGUUUUUGAAUCCUGGUAUACGUGAAGCUCAAACAGUAUGUAGCAUUUUUCAAGACAAUUCAACUUUGUGCAAUGAAGUAAGUGCUAAGGUGAUACAGCAUUUUGUGCAUUGCAUAGAAACACAUGGAAAACAUGUGCAAUAUUUAAAAUUCCUUCAAACAAUAGUAAAAGCCGAAAAUCAAUUUAUUAGAAAAUGCCAGGAAAUGGUGAUGCAAGAAUUGGUUCAAGCUGGUGAAGACGUUUUGGUUUUCUAUAAUGAUCGAGCGUCUUUCAAUCACUUUGUGGAAAUGAUGCGAUCCGAACGACAUCGGAUGGAUGAAAGUAGUCCGCUCAAGUACCACGUAGAAUUAGUUAAAUUAUUAGCUUGUUGUACAAUGGGUAAAAAUGUUAAUACUGAAAUUAAAUGCCACAGUCUUUUACCACUAGAUGAUAUUGUUGCUAUGGUAUCACAUCCAGAUUGUAUACCAGAAGUAAAAGAAGCAUAUAUUAAUUUUCUCAACCACUGUUAUAUUGACACAGAAGUAGAAAUGAAAGAAAUUUACACAUCAAAUCAUAUGUGGUCAUUAUUUGAAAAGUCUUUCAUAGUAGACAUGGGAAUUAUAGCAACAGCUACGCACGACCGUGAACACGCUGAUAUAGCUUUGGAAAAUUAUGUGACAGGUUGCCUAAUGAAUAUCAUUACAACGUUCUUUAGCAGUCCAUUUUCAGAUCAAAGUACCACAGUGCAGAAACAUCUCCACGAGGCUAGACUUUAUUGGAGCAUCAAGGAAAGUGACCGGAUUACUGAUACUAAUCUUACUGGCUAUACACGACAACCUAUUUUCGUUCAAUUACUUCAUGCGGCUUUUAAAGUUUCACAAUGCUCAUGGCUAAAUGCUGGUCAAAGGUUUAAUGUUGAAAAUUGUAUACGAACAUUGUCGGACGUAGCUAAAGGGAGAGGUAUAGCCAUCCCUACAGAUUUGGAAAGUCAAGUUGCUUCUAUGUUCAAUAAGGCUGCGAUGCUUAGUAGACAAACAAGCAAAUGGCUUCAAGCUGCAAAACAACCAAAGAUAGAACGCACACAAAGUCAGCUAAUGCGUUUGGAUCGAAGUAUUAUAGAAGGUUUACAAGACAUAGUAUCGUUAUUGGAAGAGCAAUUGAAACCACUAGUACAAUCAGAAUUAUCUUUGUUAGUGGAUAUACUCUAUCGACCAGAAUUACUGUUUCCAGCAGCAACUGACGCUAGAAAACGAUGCGAAAAUGGUGGCUUUAUAAAAAGAUUGAUUAAACAUACUGAAAAAUUACUGGAGGAAACGGAGGAAAAACUGUGUGUAAAGGUGUUGAGGACUCUCAGGGAAAUGAUGGCUAUUGACCCUGAAUAUGGAGAAAAGAGCGAAGGUGUCUUGGAAGAAGAAGAAACAGAGCAGACGGCCGAGUCUCAAGUUGGAACAGACUCUGUUGAUGAGUCUAAGAUUCGUCAUAUGACUCAGCAAGAGCGGGGAGAUGCACUGAGAAACAAUCUUCUAGCACGCUACUUUGGAAAGUCUUUUAUACAAAAACCGGAAAACGUGGAAAUUGGAGUAUCACAUACUGCUCCAGUUACUCAUGGACCAGGAGCUAAGUUAUUGAGUCGGGCAGGCCGUACAUUGCAUGAAAUUCAAAGUCAUCUCGACCGCGAAGGUGCCUCUGAUUUGGUAGUGGAACUAGUAAUUAAAAGUGUGCACUCACCGAGUAUAUUUGUGGAAGCCAUAGAACUUGGUAUUGCGUUAUUAGAAGGAGGAAAUCCUAUUAUACAGAAAAGUGUUUUCAAUAAAUUAAUGGGCGGUGACUUGAGUCAAUCUUUCUUCAAGGUGUUUUAUGACAAGAUGAAAGAUGCACAGCAAGAAAUUAAAUCUACCGUUACAGUGAAUACUUCUGACAUAGCAGCCAAAGCUCACGAAGACAAGGAGCAAAGCAAAGAAAUAGAAAAGAUAUCAAGGAAGCGUGCGUCAGGAAAACCUAACGGAAUAGUAAUAACAGAUGAGUUGCGAGAGGAAUUGAAUCAAGCUGCUUCAUCCACUGUACAAGCGUACGCGAAUGUUCGUAAUCUUGCGUCCGGUGAAGAUGCAACGAAUAAUGCAGCUUUUGGUAGUGCAUUAGAAGACAUGAUAGCUGAGAAAUUAGAAAGGCAUCGUACUGGAACAACUGGUACUGAAAGGGAUGAAGGACAAUUGAGUGCGAAAGUUUUAGUAAUGCAACCAAUUUUACGUUUUUUGCAAUUAUUGUGUGAAAAUCACAAUCGUGAUUUACAGAAUUUCUUACGUAAUCAAAAUAACAAGACGAACUUCAAUUUGGUAUCCGAGACGCUUAUGUUUUUGGACUGCAUCUGUGGUUCAACGACUGGUGGAUUAGGGUUAUUAGGACUGUAUAUAAAUGAGCAUAAUGUUGCAUUAAUCAAUCAGACUUUGGAAACAUUGACAGAGUAUUGUCAGGGACCAUGUCACGAUAAUCAGAAUUGUAUCGCGACUCACGAGUCUAAUGGAUUAGAUAUAAUAACUGCCUUGAUUUUAAAUGAUAUUAAUCCUUUGGGAAAAACCAGAAUAGACUUAGUGUUGGAAUUAAAAAAUAAUGCUAGCAAAUUAUUGCUUGCUAUAAUGGAGAGUAGAGGAGAUAGUGAAAACGCAGAAAGAAUUAUGUAUAAUAUGAAUCCGAAACAGUUAGUUGAUGUUGCAUGUCGUGCAUUCCAUCAAGAAUCUCUGGAUGAUGAUGGUGACGUGGAUGACUCUUCUACAGAUGGUGAAGAAGGAGUGUCACCCAAAGAAGUGGGACAUAAUAUUUAUAUUUUAUGUCAUCAAUUAGCACAGCAUAAUAAAGAAUUAUCAUCGAUGUUGAAACCGUCUGAACAGAAUAAUGCAGAUCCAAAAAUUAAUAAGGCAUUGCAAUAUUAUGCCACACAUACAGCUCAAAUUGAAAUUGUUAGACAUGAUAGAACAUUGGAACAAAUUGUGUUCCCAAUUCCUGAAAUUUGUGAACUUAUUACUUUGGACACGAAAAUUAAAGUAUUAAACACUACAGAACGUGACGACCAGGGCUCAAAGGUUUCCGACUUCUUCGAAAGAACUGAAGACAUGUUUAAUGAAAUGAAAUGGCAAAAGAAACUUAGAGGGCAACCAGUCCUAUUUUGGAUGAGCAGUUAUAUGUCACUUUGGAGUAAUAUUUUAUUCAAUUGUGCAGUACUCAUAAAUCUCAUCGUAGCUUUCUUUUAUCCAUUUGUAGAUUCUGUGCCUAAAUUAAGUUCAAAUUUAUCUGUUAUUAUCUGGGUGAUAAUGCUUUCAUCAGCUAUUUUUGUCAUUACAUUACCACGAGAAUCUGGUAUACGAACGUUAGUAGCUUCAACGAUGUUACGAUUGAUCUUUUCUAUAGGACCAGAACCAACGUUAUGGUUACUUGGUUUUCUUACUAUUGUAUUAAAAGUUAUACAUCUUAUAAGUAUUAUAGGUAAUCAAGGCACUUUAACAAAGAGCCUAAAGCAAAUAGUGACGAAUGUUGAACUUUUGUAUCAUAUGUCAUAUCUUAUAUUUUGCGUUCUUGGAAUUUUUAUGCAUCCAUUUUUCUACUCAGUUUUACUCUUCGAUGUAGUAUAUCGCGAAGAAACGUUGCUCAAUGUAAUAAGAUCUGUUACAAGAAACGGACGGUCCAUUAUACUUACUGCUGUAUUGGCAUUAAUUCUAGUUUAUAUGUUUUCUAUUAUCGGUUUUAUGUUUUUCAAAGACGAUUUUCUAGUAACAGUUGAUGAGGAUAUUGUAUCAUCGUAUACGGAUGGAGAUGCAGGUACUUGUAACAUUGCCGAUAACGACAGAUGCGAAGCAACUAAAACAGUAUCUCGGUAUACUCGCGAAGUCAAUGAAAAAGACAGUCCAACAGAUGUAAUUAACGUUGGCGGAGAGUUGAAGGAACGAGCAUGCGAUUCUUUAGUCAUGUGUAUUGUCACAACUUUGAAUCAAGGUUUAAGAAAUGGUGGAGGUAUUGGAGAUAUUUUACGAGCACCCUCUAGUACUGAGCCGUUGUUUGUUGCUCGAGUCGUAUACGAUUUACUGUUCUACUUCAUCGUGAUAAUUAUUGUUCUGAAUCUCAUUUUUGGUGUUAUCAUCGAUACAUUUGCUGAUCUCAGAUCAGAAAAACAACAAAAGGAAUUAAUUUUGAAGAACACUUGUUUCAUUUGUGGACUGAAUAGAUCUUCUUUUGAUAAUAAGACGGUGUCUUUUGAAGAACAUGUUAAGCAUGAGCAUAAUAUGUGGCAUUACCUGUAUUUCAUUGUUCUAGUAAAAGUAAAAGAUCCUACAGAAUUUACAGGACCUGAGUCCUAUGUAUAUGCCAUGGUGAAGGAUCGAAAUCUUGACUGGUUCCCGAGAUUAAGGGCCAAAUCACUGGCAGCCGACGAAGGAGAAGGAGAACAAGUAGAAUUAAGGAGCUUACAAUCUCAAUUAGAGUCCACGCAACAGUUAGUGAAGUGUUUAUCUCAACAACUUACCGAGCUUCGCGAUCAGAUGACGGAGCAACGAAAGCAGAAACAGCGGUUAGGCCUUCUGAAUUCUGCAUCCGCAUUUUUACACAAUGUACCAACGUAAAUGUAAGGUACGUGUACUUCAGGAUUUUGUUUUUAAUUAUAUAAGAAUCUCAAUUUGAUACUCUAACAUGAUAUUUAAUGCAUAAGUUUGUGUGUUCUUAAGAAGCAUUUAAAGACACAAAGAAGUACUACGAGAGUAACACGAAGCAUUUGUACGGUUUUGUUCCUAAUUUUAAAGAAAGUCAUUUACAUAGAAUAGUAAAACACAAACUUAUUAAGAAUAACGUUAAUUUUGUUAUUUUUAAAUGGAAGAAAAAUAUAUCACGCGAUGAGUUGCAUUAAUUAAAUAGGUUUAAUGUGUUGC